AUGAGGGUGCGCAUUCCCUUGGGGCACAUGCCGGGUGGGAGCCCUCCGGGUUCCCUGCUCGCUCCCACUCAGCGUAUACAGCGUGCGCCCCGUCUAGUAUUCAGCGCUGGAGCCGGGGGCAGGGCGCGGAGACUCCACCCUAGACUCGGGGAAGGCUCGAUCGAGCAGCGGUUGGAGCUGGCCCUGGAGGCAGCGCAGCGUCGGUCUGGGAAGGACCUGGGGACGAGGGAGCCGAGGGAGCCGCUAGUGCCCCCGGCCCUUGUUCCGGCGCCCCUCCCGGAGCCCGGCGGUUCUAGGGCGCACGGUCGGCCCUGCUCACCUCCUGCCCCUCCUCCAGGGCGGGGCUGGGGGUGGGGGGAGCUGCGGCUUCCGCGCGGCGGGUGCCAGGUCCUUAACCGGGUGGUCCACCGCCCGCUGACCGCGCUGCGGCAGAGAAAGAGCGAGACCAGGGACCGCCCCCGCGCCCGCCCGACGGCUUGGCGCAGCGUCGUAGGAGUUCGCGGCGCUGCUACUGCGCUGAGACCCCGGGGACUGAGCCCCGGCCCGCCCGAGCAACCCCAUGGCAGGCCAGGAGUGCGGGGGAGUGGCAUCACCAAGUGUCCCAGUCCUGGUGGUUCUCUGCCCCCAGAGCAGGUGGCCCUGGUGAUUGGGGGCAUCACUGGGGGGCUGCUGCUGCUGCUGCUGCUAACCAGGCUGAGCUGCUAUCUCUGGAAGAGGCUUUGUGCCACCUUCACCUACGAGGAGCUGCCUGGCACAACAGACUCGGUCACCACAGCUGCCUCCAGCAGACAGGGGGACAAGUUCUGCCAGCCGAGGGCCAGGACCCAGCUGAGCAGGCCACCAGAUGUGCCAUUUGUGGUGCCACCUUCCCUCCAAGGCUGGAACUGGAUGCCUCUGCACAGUGGAGAGUGGGUCCAGGCCGUACGAGACCCCUGCCCAGCCCUGGAGCUCCUGCCUCACCCUUCCUGCAGCAACCUCGCCCUCAGCCUCUCUGUUGCAGGGGUUUCAAGUAUGGUGGGGACAAUCAACCCAGAGCUGUACAAGUACCCUGAGGACAAAGGUGAGACUGAGUUCCCUGAGGGCUGCCUGGGGCGGCUGUGGUUCACGGUAGAGUACCAGCAGAAGGCCGAGCGGCUGCUGGUGGGGCUGAUCAAGGCUCAGCGGCUGCAAGCCCCCGCGGACACCUGCAGCCACCUGGUGAAAAUCCACUUGCUGCCCGAUGAGCGGCGCUUCCUGCAGUCGAAGACCAAGUGCAAAACCGCCAACCCACAGUUUGAUGAGCACUUCAUCUUCCAGGUGUCCAGUAAGAACGUCGUGCAGAGGGUGCUCAGGUUCUCUGUGUACCACGUGGACAGGCAGAGGAAGCACCAGCUCCUGGGCCAGGUACUGUUCCCCCUGAAGGAUGAGACCCUGGAGGGUGACUGCCGGCGCAUCAUCUGGAGGGACCUGGAGGCCGAGAACCUGGAGCCCCCCUCAGAGUUGGGUGACCUCCAGUUCUGCCUCAGCUACAACGACUACCUGACGCGCCUCACAGUGGUUGUGCUGCGGGCCAGGGGCCUCCGGAUCCAGGAGAACAGUGUUGUCAGUGUGUUUGUCGAGGUAUCUCUGAUGAAGCACAACAAGUUUGCCAAGUGCAAGAAGACUUCGGCUGUGCCAGGCUCUGCCCACCCUGUGUACAAUGAGACCUUCGGCUUCAAAGUUGAGCCCGCUGAGCUGGACACAGCCAGCCUAAGUCUGACUGUGCUGCAGAGCACAGGGAGCGACGAGAGCCACGAGCUGGGCCGCGUGGUGGUGGGCCCUUACAUGUAUGCCCGCCGCAAGGAGCUGGAACACUGGGAUGCGAUGGUCAGCAAGCCCAAGGAGCUGGUGAGGCGAUGGCACGCGCUUUCCCGCAGCCCCGAGCCCUGA